AUGUGACCGCAUCUCGUGCGAACUAUUCUGGAUGGUUCUGUCGGUGUAGCUUCGUGUCCAACUUCAUCCAUUGCAUCGUUGUUGACGCGCUUAAGAUUUUUGCGCUUCUCAAAUUUGUCGUUACCAUUGCAUCUGAUCUCGCAGGAUGGGCUCCCUUCGACCUCAAAAUCAAAAUUGGUCAUGCAAAUACAGCACUCUCGCAUAGUAGACUUAGUACCAAUCGUAUCUUCCAAACCUACAUCACGUGGUAGUAUCCACAACUCUUGGGGCUCAGAUUCUCCUUCCGCCACCGGGUUGUCAUUAAUGUUUGUGAUUUCGUGCGCGCUGCUACCGGRWCCACGGUAUACCAUCUUCACUGUUUCCAGGCUAUCCAAAAUCUCACCAGUAGUCACUCCUCCGUUUCUCAGAAGAGCGUCCUCUUCUUGCAAGUGGUCUUGCAAUCGCGCAAAUGCAUCCGCCUCUGCCGUGGCUCGUUGCAAGAACCAAAGGUAUAUGCAGGGGAGAAAGAGCAGGGGUAGGAUCAGCGCAAAGGUGAAGAGCUCUAGGGUGGCAACGUAGACACUCAUGGCUUGGUAUAGAUUGGGACACGUAGCUUGGCAAGCGUUCAGUGGCCCAUUAUUUGGCAGUGCGAGCUCGUUUUUGGGAACGUCGAUCGAAUUCCUGUCUACAAUGUCUUCCUGGCAGGUUUGAAUGAGAGUCACGCCAGUGUAGACGUAUAGCAAACAAAUGGUAUGAAAAAAUUGAUCGUACAUUCGCACCCGCGCCGGUCGUAUGGGACCGUCUCGUUCCCUUGAAUAAUGGAACAUACGAGACCGGACCAGGGAGUGGUUCGGUAUGUAUGCCACCAACACCAGAGAUACCAGCGCGUAGGAGUGCAGCGGGUGGGAGCAAUUUUUCUCUAGGUCCAAGGAUGAUGCCGCAUACAAAACCCAUAAGAGCGCGAGGGAAACAAUCGUUCCCAGCGGCACAAUAGGCCAUGUGACAGUCGAGAACAAGCAUCUCAGUCGCCUCGUGAGGUUUCCGAUGGCUCCAUCCCUUGGCUCUUCCGCAUCUCUUCCUUCCGAGGGCUGCUGACGCUCCUGUUCAUCACCAUUAUUAUCCACUCUUGAAGAAUCACCUGUGCUAUCGCCAGAAACGGCUCGAUUCGUAUUACUUGUGGUCAUCGUGUCAAGAGAUCCUUCUUCAUCCUCAUGUUGCUGCUGGCUGCCGCCUUCAAUAUCCGCAAAAUCUGUCCUCGCGUCGCCUCUGAACCGAUUGAUAGGUCCCUCAUCUACAGAGACAUUCCCAUUAGGUACGGUUCUUGCUGAAUUGUUGACACGACUAGAGUUAUUAAAGAUUGAUCCAUACGAUGAUGACGGUGACGAUGAUGAAAAUGUCAAUGGUGUGGCUGUUGCCCAACGUCCCGUCGCCGAUAAAAAAGAGGAUUCAGAAAAAUCGGAAAGAAGUCUCGUCCUCUCCGUUUCGUCUUCUUGAAAUUCACCAGUCAAAGACAUGUUCGAAUUUCCGAACGGACGACAGGGACAGACAGAGAGAUAGUCAACAGCCUGCGAAGAAUGGAACACGUUCUUCUCAGCCGGAAGACAAUCUGGACCGUAGAGAUGUAGUACUGCGCUUUGACAAACGCUUGAUAGGAUGUAUGCACUUGAACUGGUCGCUUGAUGCAAUCAACCCGACAAAAUUUCUAUCUUGCCUGGUUUGUUACAGUCGAAAUGCCAGGAAAUACCUCGCCCCCAUUUGCGAUGAUGUCAAUACAGAACGCAGUUUAAAAAAAUUAUAACAUCAUGCAGUAAGUAAGGAAUUCUGUUUUCGUGCUGAAAAAAAUAUCAAACACUGUAACAGUGUUAGUACGUACUUACGUUACUGUAGGUAUUACUGUAGGUAUCCCUACGUGUAAUCGUAUUAUUACUCAUUUUUACAAUACAACACCAAGCGUGUCUCCCAUAAGUACAGAUGUUCGAUGAUUUUGAGAGGUGACAGCGGGGGACAGCUAGCUAGCGGCAACGGAACAAAAAUUGCCUGCAUGUCUUCUACCGUAAGGUAYAUCUAGGCUUAAAGUAGAUUCUUAGGUACUCGUACCGCAAGUACGACAGGGCAGGGGUCAUGACAUACAUGACCGGUUAUGUCAUCRUUAUUUCAAACAUCAUCUUAGAAUUCAACCGAUGGUGCAAAAGUCCGGUCAACGAGUGAAUCGAAUUGAUGAUGGAGACCGAUUUAUGGCCGCCAGUGCUAACAACAGACGAACCAUUCCAAGAACUGGUCGAAAUAGGGCAACAUCUUCCUAACGGAAGAAAAAAUCUGCUUAAAUGGGAACAGCAGAUGGUAAAAGAGAGAAAGGAGGUCGCCAUACUCUUGAGUGAGAUAGGCAGCUACAGCGACGCCCAAACAAGUGCUUCCGCUAAGAGGCAAAAAUCAAGCACGGGAAAGAGAAGAAAUCCGAUCGAAGUAGAAACCUCGGCACCUGUUGGGAACCCUUUGACAACAACAGAAUCGUUCCCCGCCAAAUGGUUAGUCUCUUCGGACGACGACGACGACAUUUCCGACCGGUCAUUGCGGAAAAGAGACCCAUUCGGUGUAAGCUCAAGGAGGAAAAAAUCAGGCUGCGAAUGCAGCUGCAGAAAACGAAAGAGACCUGUUUUUGGCAGCAGCGAUGGGAAAGUGGAACAASAGCAACAGCAGCACUGGUGGAACGAAGAAAGACGAAUUCUGCAGUCGAUUCCGACCAAUCCCUCCGGAAUCAUCGGUGUGAUGGGACGAAGGAUCGACAUGAAUCGAUUCGUCGACGAGGGCGAUGCCGGUCUCUAUUCGAUGCUUCGCGCAUGGGUAAGAGACGAUCCGCACAAUCCCGAACAUGAAUACCCUGCAAAUGCUCGCAGGAAAACUCUACUGCAGUAUGUAAAGAUGGAAAAGAAUGACAAAAACAACGAAAUCAAGGGCGAGGGCGAGGASAAGAACAAGAACAAGGACAAGAACAAGGACAAAGACAAUGGCAAGGACGAGGACGAGGACGACAACAGCAACGGAGAAGCUGGAGGAACGACCACAACCAAUGGAAUAGCUUCGCCGUUGGAAUUAUCGCAGACCGCAACCGAGAUGGGGGCGAAUUUUGUAGAGUGGCUGGGUACCCACCCCGAUCAAAGGYUGUCCCUYCCGUAUUACCCGACGCAGAAAGAAAUGCGUGAACACAGAGAACGGCGUGAGGCCAAACGGGCCGCAAAAAGCGAGAGAAAAGAAAGGCUUGUCAUUAUAAAAGAAAAACUGAAGAAAAAGGGAAUAAUACUGUAAUGCAAUAUAGUCAGUUGAUGCUGCCGGAAGAUUUCAAAAAAGGAGUUUUGUAUAAUUCCAUUGGGGAUGGGAUAAGUCGAAAAAACACAGUGGGAGGGGUUGAAAGAAGAAAUUAUGAAAUGCACGGUUCUAUUUAGCUCUUAUGAGUCUUGCAAGUUCGGUGCUCUAAGCAUGAAAAAAUAAUAAUAUUGGGGUUCA